CAUCACUCGUCUGAGGUUGUUCCUUUAUACCAUAAAUAAUUUAUUAAACAAUAACUAGAAUGGAGCCUGUUUGUAUAUUAUGCGAAGAGAAGUUCAAUGCCGAUCAGUCCAAGGAUUUAGCAGAUCAUGCUAAAAUAUUCUUCAGCAUUACUGCUAUCGAUAUUUCCGUUUGGGAAGGUAUAAAUUUGCUGAAAAUAUGCAACUUAUGUGAAGAAAAACUGUUGCAGUAUGAGAUCUUUCGUUCGCUUUGCAUUAAAGUAUGCACAAAGCUAAGUCAGCAUUCUAGAGUCGUAGAUGUUUCACCGUCGCCAUUGGUAAAGUUUGAAGAUAAAAUCGAAGGUGCGUUGUGUGCUGAUGAUAAACUACUCAAUAAUACAAAUACUGCGAUCGAAGAUAACAGGCAGCCAAGUUCUGGGAAAAAAUUGAAAACAGUCGUAGAAAAUGAAUCAAACGACAGAGCCUUUGAAAGCGACGUACAAAACGAUAAUGAGGUGUGUGCCAACGAUUCGUCAGAUAGCAGUGAAAAGAGGAGCACGUUACAAGUACCAGAGUGCCAUUUAUGUGGAAAAAAAUUUCGCAUGAAAAAUCAUCUGGAGGGACAUGUAAGGGUGCACCAAGGGCUUAAGCCUGCAUUAUGUAAACUUUGCGGGAAAUCAUUCAUCAGAUGGCACAGUCUUAAGCUGCAUGUGCUUCAAAAGCACACAGAGCGUCGGAGCGAUGCGCCAAGGACCUCCUUCAAGUGCGAUUUCGCCGGGUGCGAAUUGGCAUUCACAAAUAAGCAAGGUAUGUUGCAUCACCGCAAAAAGCACAAUCCAGAGUACACUAAACCCGCUCCAACGACGUUUGUGUGUGAGUUAUGUGGCAAAACAUUCUCUUCCAAAGGAUCGUUGCAGAAACAUUCCUAUAUUCAUACCGGAAACAUGCCAUUUCACUGUGCAGUAUGUGAUAAAAGAUAUCCUACUUCACACAAGCUAAAGGAGCAUACCAUGCGCCACCAGGGCAUAAAAAAUCAUACAUGUCCUCAAUGUGGUCUCAAGAAGACGACAAUGCACGAGCUAAGAGUACAUAUGAAUUAUCAUACGAAGGAAAGAACCUUCCCAUGUGGAUUCUGUACCAAAAUUUUCAUGAAUACAGGUAAUCUUGCUACCCACGUGAAAACUGUGCAUCAAAAACUAACACCGUUCAGCUGCACGCACUGCAGUCGAUCUUUUGGUAAGAAAGAAUCGCUGAAACGUCAUAUAAUGACCCACACUGGCGAACGACCACACGAGUGUUCUGUAUGUGGCAAGCGCUUCAUUCAAUUAGUAGCCCUUCGCAGUCAUUCAAAAGUACAUACAAAAAAAGGAAACUGUUAAAUUACACCUAGUUAACCGUCACCCGUUCAACCAAAGCUACCUACGUAGACGUACAACCGGACUAAACGGGGAGUCCAUACAUUUUGUAUGGGAGACUCCGUUUUCCUGUACUUCAGACUAAAUAACUUGUUAUCUAGACGUCGGAUCGAUUUGAAAUUUUAAGUGAAGAUGCUUGAG